AUGCAUCGAAAGCACCGCGUCGAAACCAUGUUGCCUGUACCAGUUGAGGAAUGCCGCCAGAAGGCCUUGCACCAUCGUUAUUCUCAUGGUGAAAUGAUCAGAACCUCCGGCCUUUGGCGCAUGCAGAAUAUUAUCCGAUUUGGUUUUCCAUCGGCUUCGUUCGAGUGUUGUGUAGACCAUUCAACUGAAGUCACUGCUUGUGACUUUUGCAACACAACAGUCAACGCCCAGCACUCCGACCGAUCCCCACAGUCUCCACCGGAUGACAUAGGACAUGUUAAUAUACGAAGGGCACAUGUACGUCAUCUGACGGGUCAAAUCUGGUCUGGACACAUGAUCGUGAAAAAGAAUAGCGACCAAGGAUAUACCGUCUGGAGCUCUCAACUAAUCACGCGUCAGACUUUGGAUUCGAUAGGCCUAGUGACAUCUAACCAAUUGGCGGCCCAGCUUCUUUCGGUCGUUGGCAACUUGUACAACUCUUACCAUGCGUGCUGUCUUGAAUCGCCAGGAUAUUACGGCAACUCAUCUAAGUUGAGGUUACCUUGCAGUGCGCCGCUGUGUAGCCCUUCCCCUAUCGUCAGUACGUUUUCUUUUCUUUCAACACUACUUGUUAUAACCACCCACGAGUCUUCCGACUCCUGA